AUGUCCUCAUCCCGUUCUACGGGCAAGCGCCUCCCCAUUAGCUGCCAGGCCUGCCGAACACGAAAGAUCCGAUGCUCACGCGACGGCCGGCCAUGCCAAACAUGCGUGCGCCGUGGCCUAGGAGCCGAAGACUGUAUCUACCUCGGCCAACCGCGGCUUUCAACCGAGCAGUCCUCGCCCGGCGAUAGAACAGUACAGAACGAACUGCUAGCUCGAAUUCGGAACCUGGAAGCCAUGCUUCAGAAGCAGAUGACCUCGCACACUGGAACACCCUCCGGUGGCGGAGUCUCGCCACUGGGUGGGACGAGUGCAGCUGGGAGUUUCUCCGAGCCUGAGACAUGGGAUUCACUCGGCCCCAUGUUGGAUAAUGUUGGCACGCUCCAGACUUCGCCUUCAGGUCAUGUGCGCUAUGUGCCGCUAGCUUCGCAGUGGGAGUCUUUAGUGGCGAAGAGCCCCGCCGCGGAGUGCUUGCGGAAUUCGGAUUCGGAUAUCGCGGAAGAUGACGAUGAUUUACAGAUUCCGUUGGCGAGGAAUGGGGGCAUCUCGCGGGCCGAGCUGUUGGCGAUCCUGCCGCCUGGACGGUAUUGUGAUACUUUGAAGGAUGUUUAUUUUCAGGUCUUUUCUACGGUUUUUCAUAUUCUUCACGACUUGACGUUCGAAGCCGAAUAUCAGCAUUUCUGCCAUGAUCCCGGUAGUGUGUCUACUUCAUGGCUGGCUUUGCUAUUCGCCAUUCUUGCUAUCGCUGUAAGCGCACUCGACGAUGAUCACCCUCUGCUAUCUGAUCUGGGACGAGAGCGAGCAGUCAGCCGAAAUAUAAAAGUGCUUUCAGCACGAUAUCGAUCUGCCGCAUUACGGUGUCUCGCUGCCGACGGGGUGAUGUCCCGACAUUCAAUCAAUUCAUUACAAGCUUUAGUUCUUGUAAAUUACGCCCGAGUCCACCGUGGUCUACCGAUCUGGACACUGCUAGGAUUCACACAUCAUGUUGCAAUAUCAAUGGGUUGCCAUUUAGAUCCAGAGCGUUUUACUCUUGGACCAAUCGAGCGAGAAGAGCGACGACGGGUCUGGGCCGGAUUAAUGAUGUUAUACACCAUCCAAAACACCGCAUUCGGUAGUCUCAAUCAACAGACUCUAUCACAAGACGUGAAAAUGCCCGCAGAUAUCGACGACGUGGAUCUGCUCACCAGUCCAAGCUUAAAAAGACCAACGUCAACAUUCCCGCGCCCAACACAGAUGACUUACCUCCUCUUGAAUUUCCGACUAUACAAAAUCUCCUCGAAGGUUUGCGAAACAAUAUUCAGCUACCCAAAUACAUCCCGUUUUACUACCUCCCACCUCGAAGCGGAAAUCAUGUCCGUCCGUGAAAUGGUCGACGCUCGCUAUAUAAUUGAUACGAAUAAGCCGCUACUCGUUCACCACCAAGCAAACCACCACAUUCUCUACAGCCAAAUUCACCAGCUUCUUCUCCUUCUUCUCCGCCCUAUUCUUUGCCGCUACCUACAAGGCGAGAUUACGCCCGAAACUUGCGCUACAAGGGCAAAGUGCAUCGCUUCCGCUAAGGCUUCACUUGCCAUCUUUGACACUCUCCUCGAAACACCAGCCUUCAAACCCUACAAAUGGUAUACUAGCGGAUUAGGCAGUUUCCAUGCCUUUCACGCAGCAGUCACAUUAGCUGUUAUCCUGCUUAUUCCCGAGGGCCAGUCCGAGUACGAAGAGAUUAAAGAUAUCCUGGAUCGGGCACUAGAUAUGUUUGCCUCGCUCUCAGUCCGCAGUGUUUUCUGCAGCAAGGCUGUCCCCAUAAUCCGACAAAUGAUGUAUGUCAAAAGUUACACCCCCUUACUUCAUCCUACACCCGAUCUAGUGGCUAAUAGGCAAAUCAGUGACGUUGCCUCGGCAAAAUACAACCCCCAAGCACUCACCCACUCUCAAUCUCACCUCCAAGCCCAAGCCCAUGCCCAGGCUCAAGUCCAAGCCCAGGUCCAACACCAGCAAAACCAAGCCAAUAUCCAAUCCCAGUCCCACGGUCAUCUUCUACCAAGCAUUCAGACCCCGAUGUCCUCAAUAUCAAAUCUCUCCCCGGGGAUGACAAUGCAAGACAACUAUGCCCUUUCUCACUCACACUCGCAAUCCGGAUCGCCGGUGCCAACUAUUGCAUCGACCUCCAGUGAGCACACAAUGCAUUCCGGUUUCGGGCAGAUGCAUCCGCAGAAUUGGAUUGGUCCUACUUCUGUGCCGUGGGAUACACUAGGACCUGCUACUGGGGGUUAUGGAUUCGAUUAG